CUGUAGAGUUCUCACAGCGAGUGUUUCCGCGCACCUAAAAUAAAGAGCUGGCGAGUCGAAGACAAGGAAACACCGAGCAGGACUUACGGAGCUACACGACGAAAACAUUGUAUUUUGUCAUCAUUUUUUUUUUUUUUUAAAUCACAUUCUGGUUUGGGUGUCUCCAUUUCCAUUUUAAUGCCUCGAAUGUGAAACGGAGAGAGGAGGGCUCGCUGCUGGUAACCUUUACGUUGGUUAAGCCGUAGAGGACUCUCCCUGGUUGUUGGAGGAAAAGAUGUGCGAUGGAAUGGUAGCGUUUCAGACGAGAGCUCCGUCCUCCUAUUUUUCAUCCUCUUCCUCUACCUCCUCCUCUCUAGCCCACAGGCUGGCUGCCUCCGCACUUCUCCUCCUCUUCGUCCUGCUCCCCCAUGGUCACGCAUCAGGUUGUGCGCGACCACCCGGCGUGCAGCACGGGGACCUGCUGAACCAGACCGAAUCCAACCGGGGAUCUUUUCCUCCUGGUGCCCUGCUAACAUAUGACUGUGAGCUCGGAUACACCGCAGAUGGACCAACCACCAUCAUCUGUACCAGUAAUGGAGUCUGGUCCCAUCCACCGCCACGCUGCAUCAGAAGCAAUGUGUGUUCACCCCCUACUGAACCAGAGAAUGGGGGCUACCGCUGUCACCCAUCUCCCUGCCACCGUCUCACCCAGAAGACAGUAAUCGAGUAUUUCUGUGAUGAGGGUUAUGCACUGAAGGGAGACUACAAGUUCCUCACCUGCCAAAACGGCGAGUGGGACGGUCCUAUGCAGAUCAGCUGCCGACUCACACAAGACAAGGAGCCAAGCUCUCCGCUGGGUAUACCAGCUCUGUCUAUUGUGGCAUCUACAGCUAGUUCUGUGGCACUCAUCCUGCUUUUAGUGGUGUUGUUUGUCCUUGUACAGCCAAAACUCAAGUCCUUCCAUCACAACAGGAGGGAGCAAGGAGUGUCAGGCCAGUCCAGCUCCAUCAUGGUGGAGGGUGUCCAGGUGACACUGCCCUCGUAUGAAGAGGCUGUAUAUGGAAGCAGUGGACCCUGUGGUGCUUCUGGUCCUCCUCUUUCUCCACCACCUCCUCCAGCUCCUCCAGAGUCUCGAGUCCCAAUCGUGCUUUCUGAGGGGCUUCCUCAGGGGGCCACAGGAGGCCAAGGCUCCAGCAGAACCCGCCACCACAGAGACUUAGACUUCUGUCUCCCAUCCACCUCCUCAUCCUUCUCCUCCCGCCAUCAUGCAGAGACGGUGCUGGUUCAUCAGGCCCCCUCUUCCUCUUCCUCCUCUUCUUCAUCAUCAUGGGCAAGAGAGCACCCUGGGGGUGCAUGCGCAGGCCCUCUCCCUCUCCGUAGAGACUCUGAGAGCAGCGACCAGCACAGUCUGCUUUCUGUCACCUCUACAGAUGAGUUUUCUGAUGAUAUUCCUCUGUUGAAGGAAGCAUGAAACCUGCUGACCUGCUAUCAGCAUCAGCAGCAUCGCCCCUCUGUGUCUAUCUCUCGCUGCUGUCCAGAACUGACUGUGGCUGUCAACCUAUUUCCCCCGACUAUCCCCCAGCAGCCAGCGGAGAAAAGACUAGAACUAUGCCCAUUUCCCAUUGCAACUUCCUCUGCCAUUGCUACCCAUGCAGAGCAAAGCCAACAACCAAUACAGCACCAUAAGCAAUGAUGGAGCACCACAGGACCUAGCUACUGGAUUAAACUGAAGACAAGGCAGACAAGGUGGUGCCAGCUCAACAUAAAUCCUGUAGAUCCUGUGUAUAUGAGUAAAAUGUACUGAGUCAAGGUUGUGUACUAUAGGCUAUGUAUUACCAUACACUUGCCUCUACCCAGGUGUAGUCUUCUAUAUUAACAUUGCUCACAGAGGCUUCUUUGGAGAAUGCUAUAGGAGUCUAGACACACUGACUCUGUCUGGGAUCACUGAAAAAGAAAAACAAACAAAAAAAAA